UAUAAUUUGGCUCUUUAAAAAUCUUCUGGGUGUGGAGCUUCUUUAUGAAAACUAAAAACCUGACAGGACAUCUUGGUCUCCAUAGGGUGGCAGUAGCGGAGUAGCAGUAGCAGCGGAGGUACCAAUCAGCCUGCCUGGUGACUGAGGAAGAAGAGCGGAGCACACAAUGCACUGCACGGUUGACAAGGGUUGUGUCUCCCUGGUUUUCGCGAUAAAUCUCCAGUUCAGUACAAACUCUCGAAGAGGCAGCAGUGGAACCGACCUAUUUCUUUCUUUAUAACCUACACACUGGAUUUAGCGAGGGAAAAAAAGAAUUCGGUGACCGGAAACGACGGCGAUUGGUCAAGCUUCUCCUAAACAUUGGAUUACAGAGGCUGCAUGAAGGAGCUGCCCAGCCCAACGGGGCUCGGCCGACACCCUCGUUUAUGGAAAUCGACCCCGAGGCUUUGAUGCUUGGGCCUCGGUUUUUUUCCUUUAUGAUGGAGGUGGAACGACUCAACAGUUUUAUGUGAAGGAGAGGGAUAUUAUUUCGUGGAUGAUUCGUAGAAUAAAAACCCGCUUCCGUAUUCUUCCUGCUUCCUCUUAAAAAAUUAGAGAUAGUUGGUUGUUGCUAACAGCUGGAUUGGCUAACGCUGACUAGCAUCCAUGCUAAUGUUACGUCUUUCUUUUGAUGCGACUCAGCUACCACUAUCGGCCAUCAACAACCCGACAGGAGAAGAUUUUGCCCUCUUGGCUGCUGAUUAUUAGUUAUAUUCACACUCCACAGCCCGGCUUAUCAAUGUUUACAGAAACGUUUUAAGAAUAAAGUUGUAUUCUUAGUUUGUCGGACUUAUAUUAUUAUAAAUUGAAUUAGCCGCGUAUAGGCUAACUGACGUUCGCUAACAGCAGCCAUUUACUAUUUAAAGUAAAGCAGACAGCUCUUUUUAUUCCUCGUAAGGCGUAAAUUAGAGUAACUGUCAGUAUUAAACGUUCAGUUUCACAGUAAUAUGCAACGUCUCGUAAUAGUCGUUAUCAGGCCUGGCUAACUAGCUAAUCAAUUUGCUACUAAUUUUGUCAGCGUGUGCAGAAAUUAAGGAAAUCACAAACGGUUUGUUGAUUUAAUCUGUGCCGAAAACAGCAUUAUUUUCAAUCUGUUACUCCUGCGGAGGCAAUCUCGCCCUGCUUUGGGUGUAACACAGCCAGACUUGUGUUUUAUUGUUUACAUGUUUACAACUUGUGUGGUUAUCGCUUGGAUUUCCUGCUAGCUAGCACGCUAGCUAACGUUAGCCGUCAACGAGACACAAUCAGCGAUGUCCUGACAUUCGCGUUAAUGUCGCCGAUGUUUUGAAUUCCCAUGUGGAUGUAAGUUUGUUUUCAGAUUUCAGAAAUGACACUAACAUUUCGCCGAGAGAACGGCACUGAUGCCAGCAGCAUACUGCUGUCAGAGGACGGUAAAUAAUAGCCACUGGUUUCCAUUAACGCCAUUUUAACAGAGGUUCUCGGAGAGGGCCUGUGUGGUGGUGUUUUUAUUCGCGGUUCGGUACCUUCAAUCGGGCCGGGACUUGCGUAAAAAAGUGCCUUUGGGAAUCUCACCUAAGUUGCGAAAAGGAGGUGGCAUUUGAACAUGGAGGGCCCGAGCCGAAACACCGGAUUCAGGCAGAGCCGGCGAUCCCGUUCCCAGCGCGACAGGGAGCGGCGGAGGAGGCGAGUGGAUCUGGCCGAGGAGCGGGCCACAUCCCUGUCCUCGGGCUCCGAUCGGGAGGCAUGUGGGACCAACAGCGUGCUGGGUCCCGGUGGGAGAGAGUGCCGACCAGGGUUUGGCAGACACAGGCCUCCACGCCGGAGGAAGAGGGAGUCUGUGUCCUGCGAGGAAGAAAUCAUUGAUGGCUUCGCUAUUGCGAGCUUCAUCAGCUUGGAGGCUCUGGAGAUGGACUGUUCUUUGAAGCCCAGUCAGCGAACUGAUAUGCUGGGAAGGAGGAACAAGGGGAAGAGAGGGCCGGAGGAGAACGGCGGAGGACCCCUGUCAGAGCCGGAGGAAGGAGCCCCGCCCAGCAGCUAUUGGAAUAAUAGUAGAAAUAAGAGAAGAAAGAUAGAGGGGCAACCUCUGGAGACUGGCUAUAUUUGUGACACGGAGAGUGACACGGGAGACAAGGCCUCCGACAAUGACAUGGAUCCAGUGUUCACAGUCAGCACUAGGAAAGUUGUCGAUCCCGCCCCUUCAAACAUGGGCUCAUCUGUGGGCAAAAGCUGCCCGUCUCUGCCGGUGCGCUUUGGUGGCGUCUCACGGUUAAUGGUGACUCCACGGGUGUCUGGGCUGGAGCGAAGUCAGGAGAAAAACCUGGAGCCACACUUCCCUGAGCCGGUUUCUUCUUCUACCUCUUCCCCCUUCUUCCCCGGCCUGCCUUCCCACUCCCCGGUCACGGUGCCCCGGUCCAGCCCAGUCAACGGCGGCAGCCCCCACAACAGCAGCCCCCCGCUCUCCAAACCCAAGCCCUCUUUGCCCCCUCGAACUCAAUCCAUCUACAACAGCAGCACCCCAGUCAAGCCUCAACCGUCUGCUUCAUCUGUCGGGACGUCCUCAUCUUCCAUUCUUCCCCCACCUCCUUCCGCCAGUGUUUCUCUGCCCUUCUCAAGGGGCUCAGGAUCCUCAGGGCCUCUCCGACCCCCAUCCCGAACCAGCUCUGGAGCAUUGUUCACAUCCUCACCUGGCCUUCCUCCGCCUCCACCUCUGCUGCAAGCAGAGCGUGAGGGCAGACGCAGCGUCCCCGGGGCUGAAAAUAACCCGGCGGGCCGCUCCACUCCAGGAGGCCCAGCAGCGCCGAGCUCCACGCAGGGCUCAUCGAGCCGGACGUCUCAGAACCAGACGAGCAUCCCGGCGAUGGCGUUCCAGUUCCAUCAGCACAACCACCAGCACCAACACACGCACACGCAUCAACACUUCACGCCCUUCCUGACCCCAGCUACGGCGUCUCCGAUGUUCGAUAAGUACCCAGGCAAAAUGGACGGGCUGUACCGACACACUAUCUACCCAACGUACACGCCGCCCUCAGUGCAGGGUAUUCAGAUUCCCCCUCCUCCUCCUCCUCCUCCUGGGCAUUUCAGCUCAUUGCAAGGGGCAUUUCAGCCAAAGGGAACGGGUCCUGAUAUACAACGAUUUGGGGUUGUGCCUUCCCACCUGCAGCCCAAAGACCCCAGGCUUACUGAACACUUUGGGACAUCAACAUUGAAAAUCACAAAUAAACCAGGAAAAUGGUGUGCUAUGCAUGUUCAGGUGGCCUACAUGAUCCACAACCAUCAGAGAAAAGUAAAGCUCAUGCAGGCUGAUCCUCACAAACUGGACUUCCGCAGUGACCCGCUGGCCCGUUUUUCUGGAGCCGGUGGACUGGGCCCAAUGCCCUUACCUCCUGCUCAUGACCUGACCAGACCUCCCAGUCUGUUCUCAGCUGCAGGUCCAGUCAAUCCACCCUCGGCUCCUUUCAUCUCUCCAUCAGCGCCACACUCGUCUUUCCUCGCACCGACUCCACACUUGGAUCUGUAUGGCCGAUCGCCGUCCUUCACCCCGCUGGGAGCUCUGGGUUCUGGUGCCUUUGGAGGACUUGGGAGUCCAACACUGGCCGGCUCCGUCUUUGGUCCUAAAGACUCACCAGCCAGUGUAGUCGGGGGCUUGUCUACCCCAAACCAUCAUGAUCCCUGGAACCGUCUCCAUGGUGGCCCGCCUGGAUUCUCCGCCGGACCCAGCUGGGCUAAAGGAGCAGAUAGGAGGGACGAGAGGGAACGAGUGAAGGAAGGCGAGAGAAGAGACAUCCCUCACAUCAAGGAUGAAAAGGACAGAGACAUCCUGUACGGCCCACCUGUGAGGAUAUCUCCUUCCUAUAAGCCCCGCAGCAGCACCCCAGUCUCACACAUCAAUGGCCACAGCAGCACCCUGGGGGGGACCAUUGGACCUAUUGAGGACCUGACACGCAGCUUAAACAGAGACAGAGACCGUGAUAGAGACAGAGAUGUGGAGAAGAGGCCAGUGCUGUCUGCGUCUUCAAGGGGGCCUCCUCUUGGAUCUUCUUCUUUAGUAGCAGACAGGGACAGGCCGCGGUCUUCCUCAUCUUCUGUGCUCACUCCUCCCCCACCUUCUAACCGCUCAGCCCAAUCUCCCUUGGACCUGUACCCCCGCUCAGUGGCUUCCACACCGCACAACUCCCACAACGAGCCCUCGCACUCCCAAAGAGACGGUAGCCUUCCCUCUUCCUCCACUGCUUCCUCUUCUGUUUCUUCAUUGUCUCAGACCAAGAAGCCUGAUCGGACCUCGACGCCCCAGUCCAAACCUUCCAUGCAAAUUCAAGUGAAACAGGAGCGGAAGGAGGAGCCGGAGCACAUCCCCAUCUCCCACCAUCCCCUAGCACCCAGCCACAGCUUUGACCGCCCCAACAGCCACCCUCACCACCCCAGUUCUGGCACCCCUUCUUCUUCCUCUUUAUCUCUGACUCCUACUCCAGGUGUCCCUCUCCCACCACCUACUCCAAACCCACCUUCGCACCAACAGAUGUCCCUGCUGGAACGCACAAGAACCAUUGAAGCAUAUCUGGGGGGCGCAGUGGGUCCUGGAGGGUUGGUAGUCGGUCCUGGUGGUGAACGUUUUCCCCACGGUCCACCUCAAGGACCAUCACAGGGCGCACAUAGCUUCCCUUGGGACCCGUGGAGGGAGCAGCAACAUCAGCAUCGUAGGGAGGCUUUAGCAUUUCGGUCAGACCAUCACCUAGCCCUGCGACCUGAACAUCACCUGGCUCAGCUGUUCCGGCAUCAGCGCCUUUUUGAGGCAGAAAGGGCCGCUGUAGCCGCAGCAGUGGUGCCCCACCCACAGCCUUCUACCUCUAAUGCCUCCUCCUCUGCUGUUCGCCCCGACUUCAGCCUCAUGGCGCAUCCCUUCGAUCGCCAUCCUCAGCUCGGACCCCCAGGAGGUGGGCUGAUGGACGAGGAGCAGCGGAUCCAGAUCUUUAGGGAAGACUAUCGUAAUUUAAUGCACCUGCACCUCCCUCCUGGCUCUCACCUGUCCAGCCCCUCUCACGCUGCUACUGCCCCUCACCUGGAUCAGCUUCACCCUCUCGCCCACUCUCUCCCUCCGGGAGCUUCUGGUGCUCACCAGCACCACCCGGGCUUCUACUCCCGCCUCACCCCGCUCAUCCCACCCCACAUGGCCAACGGUAUCCUGGCAAAGACCACGGCAGGCUUGGUGGGACCUCUUCAGGUGGGGGCGCCGCCUCCGCUCAUUCCGUCCGUCACCAAUCGGUCGGCCACACCCCCCCGCAGCUCUAGACUCGCAGGUCCAGGUGAGCUGGCACUGUACAGCGCCCACAAAGACGCAGAAUCCAGAUAGUACAGGGACAACACUGGAGGAGAUUAAGGGAAAUGUCAGGAUCACUGUGCUGCUCUCAACCUGCCCCUUUUCCUCUUGCAGACUACUAAACCCCGACCUUCCAAUUACACAACCAAACCACCCCCGCACCCCUCCAAACAAUGUUUAAAAAAACAAAAAAGGAAGGAGGUGAUGGUAGGAAGGGGAAAAAGCAAGGCAUGGAAUAAGCCCAAUGGUUCUAUCAGUGCAAUUUAAAGGUACAUUGUUUCUGUGCAUCCUUGGUGUAUUUUUAUUUUAUACUGAAAGUUUUCAGAAGAGGCAGAGGACAGCUUUUUCAUUUGUCAGGUGAAUUAUUUUCCAUACUUUUUUUUUUUUUUUUAAGCAAGCCUUUUCCACGUGGAUUUGGAAACGACUUCCAGAGGGGAUAAAUGCCCAGGGGUUUGUUUGUCCACGGCUUGGUUAAUUUAUGGGAUACUUCAAAGCCCUCCGCUACAUGUAUCAACCCUGCUUUUAGGUGUUGUGGGUGAGGGUUUAUUUUGGAAAUACAGUGGUAAAGUGGUCCUCUCUUCUGUUUUUGUUGGUGUGUCACUGCGCAAAGACAGAUUACCGAUGAGACCAUUUCACGAAGAUCAUUCAGCAUCGUACCUCAGUUUCCUGCUUUACCCCCCAAAAUCCAACUUCAGACCCCUCAGCUUCAAUUUUGACAUUGUUUUGAAAAAACUUUUUUGUUUUUCUUUGUUGGUUUUCAAAGGAUGAAUGGCGAAAUGAACUGUGCUACACUGUGAACACAGUGUCUUUAGAGCUUCCUGUAAGUGUUUCCCAGUCUCCUCUUGAAUAUACGAGCAGGACCAGAUUAUAGUAGUCUAGAGAAAUUGCCUUUGUAAUUAUUAUUCUUAACAUUAAUUAUCUUCUAUAAUAAUAAAUAUAUUCACUGUUAUGUUAUUUGUCAUUGUUUUGGGUAUCAACCAGUACUCUGUCCCCGGGUAGUAAUGUUUCAAAUCAUCCAGAAAGGCCUGCUUCACAGAAAACUCUUCAGUGCUUGUGAACAUUAAAGCCACAUCCAUCGCAACCUCUGGCCUCUUCAAGGAUCUCAUCUGUGACUAUAAUGCUAAGAGAGAGAGAGGUUUGCCUGUGUGUCUCACUGGUUGUGUGUGUUAUAUCCAUUUGGGAGUAUGGGAGCCUUGUACAUUGAACUGUCAAGUUGUUUCUUCAACAAAAGUAAGUUAUAUACAUGGAUAAGUGGGACGUGUGCUGAAGAACUGAAAAGGAAAAAAAACAUAUAAGGACUGUCAAAAGACAACUAGCAGUGGGUAUCCUGAGAGGGAAAAGACUGGGUCGAUUAUUUUAAUAUGACCGUUUUAUACCUUUCGAACCCCUCCCCUAGAGACCACAAAGAAUAAUUAUUAAAUGAAUUGUUGUUUA